ACUACACAUGCUCUCCCAUGUUCAACUCCAUGUCCCAUUCCAUCCACUCAUAACGAUACCACUAUGCCGGGCCCACGAAACAUGAAGAAGAAGGCCAAGCAGGAGGCCAAGAAGGCCAGGCGCUCGCUGGGCGGCAGACCGCUUGACGACGAGCAAGACGCGCCCUCUGGGCCUCCUGCGCAGGUCGCGUAUGCGGACGACCAUGACGCGGUAUAUCCUCCAGACAACGCGCAAACUGUGGCGGAUGUUGCGUACCCGUACGAUCAGUCAGAAGUUGCAGGUGCUCCGCAAUGCGACCCUCCCUACUACCCUAUCGAAGCAUACCCCAAUGACAGUCCACAUACCGCGCCGGCUCCUUACGGCCAACCUCCAAUACCUAUCGCACAUGAAGAGCACGAAAACAUUCAUCCAUCACUUGUCAAUGAGCCCUUCAUCUACGAUCCGGGAAACGGCCCUCGCGUCCGGAACGUACCCGCGUUCCUCGCUUCCAGCUUUGCCGCGCCGCCCACCCUCGAUGACCCUCUCUGUGCGGAGUUCGCACAAGAGGAGAUGCUGGAGAUGCUAUUCUCUGUGCUGCCUGAAGAAACUGCGAUGAUCCUAUGGUACAACAAGAGCCGAAUCGGCGCGAGGGUCUGCCCUGCAUGCCAACGACUGUAUCGCUUGGGUGACGCCCUGCCAGAACAUAUGCUUGACGAAGACUCAAUACCCAAGCCCAACGAACCGAUCGCGCCCAACCUUCUCCGCGAGCAAGAGCUGAGUGGUCUCUGCUCUCCCAUGUGCUUCGUCCUCGCAGCGUUCAACUACCCCGGCGCGAUCCGCUCUGCCUGGGGCCGCAUGGCAGAAGAGCUCGACGCAGAGACGUGGGACCUCCUAGACGGCCCCGGGACGUCUGCCGUGCAGAACGAUCGCGGGCUCGGCAUGCUGCUCAAGAUGACGCGGUGCGCGGACCUCGGGCUAGGCGAGAUGUUCUUCCCGGAUGAGGAACUUCCGCCUGAGGACGACCAAGGAGACUACGAGGAAGAGUACUCGGAUGAGGAAGACUACGGGGUGGAGGUGUCGCGGUUGGUACGCGAACCUGAGAAAGUCUCGUUACCGCGGCUUGAAGGAGGGUUGGGCGUUCAACCUGCAGAGGGCGAGUUGACACGGAGUGUGAAUGUGCUCAGUCUAACUGCGUGAUCUUUGUUGUUGCGGUGCUCAUCUAUACAGCUCAUGCUUCUGCUUUCGACAGUUCUCCAUAGUUGUUCGUGGAUACAACGAGACCGGCAAAGCCCACAACCUAGGCCUUAUUCCUGCUCUGGCCCCACAGAGCAUCUUGCCGAGUAUCCCAUGUAUCGUCUGCGUUCCCAGUAUCUGCCCGUUGACUUAUUCGCGAUCUCGUGAAGUGUCCCUUCUUGAGUGGAGGCUAGUAUGGCGAUGGAACUCGUGUUCGGUUAAGUAUACUCGCCUGCGGUCACGGCGCGAUGUGGAUUUGUUC